UAUUUUGAAAGUUAAUACAGGAAGCUUUUACGACGCAGUUGAGGUGAGGAGGCAGAAUUCCACGCUGAGGGGUUUUUUUUUUUAGAACUAGAAGUAAAUAAACAUAUCCUUGUAAAAUUUUUAAAAAAAGACUACUUCGACAGAAUGGAGGUAUCAAGGAGAAGAGUCCUUCAGAAACACCUGGAGCCAGCGAGACCCCUGCGUCGCUGCAUCCAUGCUGACAGUUACCUACCAGUACAUCCUGCUGCACAUUCCCAGCUGUUCAUGAAUGAAGAGACAAAUAUUGGUGUGGAGCAGUUGUACAAGAUUGUCAACCUCCAGAAAGAGAAAAAAGACAGAAUAUCUUACACAAGGGAUUUCUUAAUUGCUCUGGCCUGUUGUCCUGAGGCCAAGAAGAAGCCAGAUUUCUUGCCAGAGCACCCGAUAGUGUUAACUGAGGCAAGAGAUCCAAAGCACCUAAGGCUCCAUGAAAUGAGGAUGACUGGUGGGAAAGAUGAAAUGGCAGCUGAAGGGCUUCACUCACCUUGAGAAACUUGUCUUGCUGUUUUGUGCAGUGUUUGUGUUUGCUGUUCUUUAUUUCAGUUUAAUUUAUCUUGUGACAUUUUUUAUUUGCCUAUUUAUUAUUUUUGCAUGAGUGUGACAACAAUUUCAUUUUCUGAUAUCACCCUGAGAGUGCUGUGGUGUAUUCACUCUGUGUAAACAUGUUUUUGAAACAUAUAAAAAAAAAAAAAAAAAGGCUACUUUUCAACGGCGGUGCCAAUGUUUCAUUUAGAGAAACAAACCUGACCUAAAGUGACUCUGGGAAUUAUGUUUAUAAUGUGGGGGUUACAUGAGCAUAGAAUGCUGACAUUUUUUAGUAUGUGUGGUUUUAUAGUAAUAGUCUAAUCUUAGUGUUGUAGAGAUCAAAACACUUAAUUAGUAGUUCUCCGGAGUAAAGAUGAGCAUUUUUCUACAAUUUGAUUUUGAUUUUCUGUCCUACAGUUCUGCUGUUAUCAACCUGAUUCAGCAGCAGCUUCCAGCAGAAAUAACACACUUGUGUGUCGUACAGCUCGUGAACGUAUCAGAGCAUUAAACAGCUUAAGAAACCGGCUUAAAUGGGGGGACAGUCUUGCAUCAGUCAAACAAAUACGAACAUGAACACUAAUGAAAAAUUUGAUGCUUAUCUAUUGGUUAUGUGUGCUGCAUUCAUAAAACGAUUGUUUGCCAACAUAUUUGCAAUAAAAAAGAUUAAUGGUCAGCAUGAAACCUUGUAUUCUUAAGUUUAGGUGAAAUUGUAUUUCAUAAGAAUGAACACUGUCUUGCAUUAUCUUUUUCAACUUUUUUUUUUCAACAGACUCUUCAGAAUAUAAAGAAUUUCUACACUUUUGGUA